AUGUUGAUUCAAUUGAAAAAUAUUUUACCAUUAAAAGUAGUCAGGUCUUCUUUUGAAAUACUGUUUUGUUCUUCUACAGGAUCCAAGUUAAGGAUAGUUCUUGUUGGCAAAACAGGCGCAGGGAAAAGUGCUACAGGAAAUACAAUUCUUGGAAAAGAAAUCUUUCGAUCUUACAUCUGUCCUUCUUCAGUAACUAAGCACUGCAUAAAGGAAGAAGCAGACAUUAAUGGAACUUGUAUUUCCGUAAUAGACACUCCAGGUCUAUAUGGCACACACUUGACUAAUGAAGAAAUUGCACGUGAAAUGAUCAAAUGCUUGUGUCUGUCUUCCCCAGGACCUCAUGUCUUUUUGAUAGUGAUCCAGCUUGGCCGGUUCACAAAAGAAGAAAGAAACACAAUUCAGAUCAUAAAGGGGAUAUUUGGGGAAAAUGCAGGGAAGUACUCAAUGGUCAUUUUUACUCAUGCAGACCAACUAAAAAACAAAACUAUAACAAAAUAUCUAGAGGAAGCUGAUGCUUCAUUAAGAAAUCUAAUUGAGCACUGUGGUCAUAGAUUUCAUACAUUCAACAACAACAUAUGUAAUGACCAAACUCAAGUUACAGAGGUGCUGGACAAAAUUAAGAACAUGCUACAAGCUAAUGGAGGCAGCUAUUACACUAAUGACUUGUGCAUAAAGGCUGAGCAAACCAUUAGAGAAAAGCAAACAAAGAUACUGAACCAGCGAGAAAUGGCAAUAAAGAAAAAAGAACAAGAGAUAAGAGAAAAUCUAGAAGCAGAGUAUAAAACAUUGAUUAAAAGUGUUUGUGAAAGUGAAAAAAUCAAAACAGAAAGAGAGAGAGCAGAAAGAGACAGUCAGGCACAAAAAAAAAAAGGCCAGCAAGAAAAAAUUAAAGAAUUUGAGAGGAUAAUAAGAGAAGGAAAUGAAAGGGUAAAAAAAGAAUCAGAAAGUGUAAAAAGAGAUAGAACAGAGAGAAUAAUUAAAGUUAAAAUUGAGAGAAGGAGAGAAGACAACAUAGAGAAAGCAAUUGAAGAGAUAGAGAGAGAAAAAGAUAAAGAAAUGAACAGAGCAGAAAUGCAAGAAAUGGAGAAAACAAGCAGAAAAGAAAUAAAGAGUGUAAAACAGGAAGAAAUGGAGAAAGAAAGAAAAGAAGAAAUAGGAAAAAUGUAUAAAGAGGGGAUGGAAAGUGCAAUAAAAGUAGAGAUGGACAGAGCAAAACAGGAAGAAAUGGAGAAAGAAAGAAGAGAAAAGGAAAUUAAAAUCCUUUUGGAAAAGUGUGAUAAAGAACAAAUGAAGGCUAAAAAAGAACAGGAAACUCGGAAAACAUUAGAAGCACUAAAGCUGGAGGAAGAAACAAGAAGGGCAGAAGAAGAAGAAAAAAAUAAAAAAAGAGAAGAAGAGCUACAAAGACAGACGAAGGAAGAACGAGAGAAAGCAAGACUUGAGGAAAGACAAAGGCUGAAAGCAGAGGAACUUAGAAGAGAGAUGGAAGAAAAGUAUGCAGAGGCUGUAAAAGAGCUUCACGAGAAAGAAAAAGAGUUAGCAAGGAAAGAAGCAGAAAGAAAUACUGUUUUAGAAACAGGGAUAGGUGCAAGUUUAGGAACAGGAGUAGGUGCAGCCAUUGGAAUUAUUGGAGGACCUUUGGGAAUGGCUGUAGGAACAGCAGUGGGAGGAGCAGUGGGGAGUGCGAUAGGAAAUGGUAGUAGGUCACAGUAA